UUUUUAUUUUGUAAUGAACUGUCCUCUAUCGCUAGGUCCUUUAAGCAGUAGUGUUUACAAAUAAAGAAAGAAAUGUUUAACAUAAAUAAGUCAUAUUAUAAAAGAUGGCUCUUCUUGUUAGACGUUCUAAUAUUUAACUUGGGGAAAUCUGAAGCGUGCAAAACGCAUAGUUCUGAACCUGUUAAACCCCAUAUUGUUCACAUUUCAAGGACCUGAGACGGAUGGGGAAGCGCGUUACCUGCUGCGCGCGUGCGCGUUGUUCACGUUCUUCUCCAAUGUGUGUUUGAGCGGAUGAAGGUUGAACUGUCAACUAUGAAUGAAUACUCAAACUAGUAACUGGAUAUAUUUUUUCGGUAUUUGAUAUCUGUUUACAUGCCUUUAUAACAAAGCAUACAUUUUCUGCUUCCUUCGGGAUAUUUGAAAGGGUAAGAAGAGAUUUUUGGAUCUGUUAUCCGCCAGGUGAAGAUGGCUGGUCUGUCUAGCUAUGCCCUGCGCAUGGCCCGUCUGAGCGCGCGGAUAUUUGGCGAUGUGGCCCGUCACACAGACUACAAAUCUAUGAAAGUGGUAGAGUUGUUUAAAGAACCCCCGCUGGCCCAGAGAAAAGAGGUGUACGACUGGUACCCCCCUCACAAGAUCUACUAUUCAAUGACCCAAAAGCUCAGAUUCAUGGGACUUUUCAGGGAUGAGCACCAGGAUUUCAAGGAAGAAAUGAGACGACUGAGGAAACUUCGGGGUAAAGGAAAACCCAAGAAGGGAGAAGGGAAGAGAGCCGCAAAGAAGAAGUAGACAAACCAGCGAAUUUCAGCUAUUCAUGAAUGGACAUUAUGAACAGAGAAUCCGAUGAAGAAACUCUGUACAUGAGUUGUAUCUGUAUGGACGACAGUACAUGUUUAUGAUUUAAGUGACACGUUCUAUUAACGGAGAUGACGGGGAAACAAAAACACAUGCUAAAUUCACCAUUGUCUGUGAUGGAAAUAAAUGUUAAUUUUUGUA